AUGUCUCCUUAUUUAUUCAUUACAUGUGCAGAAGGGUUAACUAGUCGAUUAAGAAAAAGUGAGAGGAUAGGCGAAUUGAAUAGUAUUAAAGUUGUUGGAAGUGCUCCUAGUAUUUCAUGUUUACUCUUUGCUGACGAUAGCUUGAUGUUCUGUAAUGCUAGAGGGUCAAAAGCUCAAAAGCUCAAGGAUGUUCUAGUAUCCUACUCUAAUGCUUCUGGGCAAGUGAUAAAUUUUGAUAAAUCAUCAAUCUCUUUCAGCCCUAGAGUGAGUGAAAACAUUAGGCAAGAGAUUAAGGAUAUUUUAGAAGUUUGGGAAAAGGAAAGUAAUAGUAAAUACUUGGGCAUACCUUCUUUUGUGGGGAGAACGGAAGUUUUUGUAUAUUUGAGAGAACGGGAUGAUGAAUGCUUUUUGGUGGAUAUCGUCUGGGAUAAAAGGCUAAAAUGGAUUUCAUGGGAGAAAUUUUGUAUUCCCAAAAAAUUUGGAGGAAUGGGAUUUCGUAUGUUACAUGAAUUCAAUCUUGCUCUCUUGGCUAAGCAGGGUUGGCGUAUGUUGUCUUGUCCUAAUUCUCUUAUGGCUAGAGUAUUUAAAGCUAAACAUUUGGCAAAUCUAUCCUUUUGGGAGGUGGGUACUUGUAGCAAUGCUAGCUUUGUGUGGAGAGGUAUAUUAAAAGCUAGGAGUAUUUUAGAAAAAGGAAUGAGAUGGAAAAUAGGGUCAUGA